GCACAGGAUCCCCGUGAGAAGGUUCGACUUGAAAACAGGAGAUACAUACGUGCUAACCGUGCUACUGGGAGGACACACUUUUCACGUUCUCUGCUGCGGAAAAUCAGAAAACUUGACCCAUUGGAAAAGUGCUGUUUAAAUAGUGCUACAAGUGUGACAUGUUGUGUAUUCCGUGAACAUAACAGUGCUCUGCAAGAGUUCGAUACAAUAAAGUUCGGAGGAUUAGUGCAUCUGCUGGAAAAAUGAUGCUGAAGAAAAAUCUUCUCUGCUGGUUGCUCCUGUCAGCCAUAUUGGUUAAAACGGCCUAUAGCAUUCCAACGUCGGUUGCAACCGAGACGGAUGACGACAACGACUCCGAGUGGGACGAAGAAGACGAAUCGUCCGAAGCAGAUGACGACGGGCGGGUCUACAAGAAUCCGCGGAAUUCGCCCUCGACCGAGUGUCCGCGAGACGAGGAGCAGGCCACGCUGUUGGGCCAAAAAUGUCUGAGAAAAUGUUCGUCGGACGAAGACUGUAAAAGCAAGAAGAAGAAAUGUCUUUGCGAUGGUGCAUGCGGAAUGUCUUGCAUCAAGCCGGAUCGAGAGUGUCCCACGUUGGAACAGCCCCCAACCGGUGCCGCCACUGUGUCUGGCAAUCACUUUGGGUCACGUGCUGUCUACACCUGUCCCCACGGGUACCAUGUGGUAGGACUGCAAAGCCGGCUGUGUCAGGCGGAUGGAACUUGGGCUGGAAGUGAACCGAUCUGCAAACAGAAUAUUUAUUGUCUUCAACCUCCGAUUAUCGAGCACGCACGCCACUCAGCCCUUCCGGAACAGGCAACCUUCGAUUUGGACUCAACUGUACAGUACCACUGUCAUAACGGCUAUGCCACGGCAGGGUUUCCACGAGCGAAAUGUUUGGCGGUUGAUGGUCAGGCAAGUUGGUACGGACCGGAUAUUUCCUGCGAACCUCGUUCCUGUGGUCAACCACCAGAUCCGGCACAUGGAUGGCAUUCAGGGGAGAGUUAUACAUUUGGUGGGAAAGUUACGUACCACUGUGGCGAAGGAUACGAGCUAGUCGGCAAAGCCGAACGGUACUGCCAAGCGGAUGGAUCAUGGACUCCGAAGGAACUGCCAACCUGUGUUUUGGUCACCUCCGUACAAUGUCCAUCCCCGGAGAAUCCACGUAACGGUAAGGCGAUAUAUACCAGCACAUCGUACAAUUCGGUGGUCAGUUAUGAAUGCCGUUACGGAUACACGCUAGUGGGUGAGAGCUCUCGUCGCUGCGGUGCUGACAAGCGUUGGACUGGUGCACUUCCGGCGUGUAAAGAAAUUAACUGUGGUCAUCCAGGAACCUUGUAUAACGGUUGGUUGGAAAACAUCGAAAGUGGAACAGGGCUUGGUGCCAGCAUUAUAUUCCGAUGUCAUCCGGAAAUGUUACUGGUUGGCAACACUUCUUCGGUAUGUCAAAUAGAUGGACGAUGGAGAUAUCCACUCCCGCAAUGCUUGGCGCCAUGCGUAGUUCCCUCUAUUUCGCAGGGUCAAGUGAUUCCCAUCGAAUUCGAUGUCGAUGUAAACGCAACGACGAUCGUUCCUACUAGUGGAAGUAGUUCAAAGGUGAAGCACGGAACAGUGCUGGAAGUUAUCUGUGAUGAACACUACGAGUUUCCGUUCUCAUCAUUAUCGCCACCGACUUGUAAUAACGGUACGUGGAGUGUUAUUCCACGCUGUGCUCCGGCAAGAUGCAAGACAAUGCCGAAACCUCCCAAAUUCGGAAUGGUACUGGCUCCCAAGACAGAGCAUGGAAUGAGGGCAAGAUUCAAAUGUAAAGAUGGGUAUAACCUAACUGCUCCGGGUGGAAAAGAGUUGACGAAUCCGAACGAUUACGUACUGAUUUGUUCGUUCGGAAACUGGACCGGUGAAACUCCUCAGUGUCAGGAAGUCUACUGUGCUUUCCCUGGGUAUAUUCCGAAUGGAAAAGUAUUGCUAGUGGGAAAUAUGGGCUUGUAUGAUUACAGACCUUACGUCCGGAAAGUAAUCAAUAACAAACAGAUUAUGUAUGAGUGUGAUAAAGGAUACGUCAUUGAUACCGGGCCACCAGGUGCGACCUGUAUUGGCGGGAAAUGGAGCCCAAGAGAACUUCCUGCAUGUAUUCCCGGCCAACAUCCAAGAUUACGCUGGACCAGGCGUCGUCGAUCGAUUGAUUUAAGACUAAGAUUUAGUAGAUCCAACCAUCUUAAGCAACACUAUCGAUACUUGAAACGUAAGCUCGAAGAGCACAACGAAUAUAACAGACUGUACCCGAUGCAACAGCAUGAUAGAGUUAAGCGAGACACAGUGGCGUACAGAGGACAGUUGCCUCAUAAACGACACUAUAACUUCGAUGAUUUCCAAAAAUACAGAGCAAAACGAAGCAUUGAAGCCAAUCGAAAUGCUUUUCUCAGAAACGCCUUUAAAACAGUUAUAAUUCGGGAACGCCGAGAGCUGUCCGAUGUGGAAAAGGCGUACAACAAGUAUUACGAAAGAAUCAAGGCUAAAUACAGAAAUUACGUACAGAAUCUGCUGGGAUACAACAAAAUGCGUCCCCUGCAGGAAAACCAUAAAGUGCACGUACAGGAUGGAAGGUGGUACACAACCGAUCCCGAAUCCGUAUCGCGAAAUCGAAUAGUCCACAAAGCUCGAAUCGGGGCCAAUGACUUUGAGGAUGAAUCUACAACUAAAGAGCCACGAGUUACCAAAGCGAAAAUCAACAAAUCCCGCUUGAAACCUAAUGCUCCUGCCCCAAUAGCGAUUCCGGAUAUCAAUGAAAAGUCAACGUAUAAGUAUGACUUCUACGAUAUUUUGGAUGGUAACCAUUCCAAUCACGUUACGGCGAACGACAUCUAUUCCAACUACUUCCCUCCACCACUGACUGGUAGAUAUCAUACAAAUUGGCAAUUUGCUUCAGAAUUGGGUCCUAAGGUACAGGGACGUUCCGAGGAUAGCAAUCGUUUCUUCGCAUUGAUGCAUCAAAACCGCACGGAGAAAAAACCGACCCUUAUGCAGCAACUUAAUUCCCAAAUCAUCCGUAGGAAGCGUGACACCAAAGAGGUGUCAGUUUUAUCGACAGAAGAUACCAGACAGAAGGGUCAAAAGAACAGCCGAAAGAAUGCAGGUGGAGUUGUGAACCAGACCGACGCUACCGGGGCAGAAGGUGUUGAUCCUGCUAAGAAAAUGAAGUUUAAAGGACCAUGCGAACCUCUGGCCAGUGAGAGUUAUGCGCAGUUGGAGAUUGUGCGCCCGGGAAAGGAUCCCAAUGAAUCUUUCGGUCCGGGAACAAUUGUUCGUGUUAUUUGCGGAAAAGGCUACACUUCCAAUAUGGUCAGUCCUAACGCAACGUCCAAAUGUGUGCGAGGAAGGUGGAAACCAAUCAAACCGGCCUGUAAUAUGAAAUCCGUUUCAGAACCUUGCUUCGUACCCUCGACGGAGCAUGGCAAGUACUACGCAGCUCCAAUCGACCAAACUACGAUGGAUGCAGUCAAACCCACUACAGUUGCACUUACCCCAAUGGAAACGAUUGAGAAUGGAAUAAUGAUUAGUUUCCAGUGUGAUCCAGGGUUCAAUACGCAGGGACCAUCGAAUCUUCGCUGUUGGAAUGGUGAGUGGGCUUCGAGUACUCUUCCAGAGUGUUUGCCGGCCCCUUGCGUCCUUCCGCAUAUCAUGCAUACCAUGUAUCAGGGUGGCUACAGAGCGGGGCUGACUAUUGCUCACGGGAGUUCAGUGAUGAUACAGUGCGAGAGCGGGAUGGGAAAUUUGGCACCUGUUCAAAUGGAUUGCGCCCUUGGUUCCAUAACACCUGAAACAAUCAACUGUGGUUAUGUAGCAUCUCGUAAGUCCCGGGAUGACGACAGCAGUUCGGUUAUUGUUCUUGAUGGUAGCAAUGUGACUUCAUCCGAGGAUGAAAGCGACGGUAGGGACUGUGGACCGCCGGGAAAGAUCCAUGGUUCAUUGGUGUACAAAAAUGGCGAACAAAUCGAUGACAGUGAGGAAGGAUUUCAUUCAGGAACAGAGAUUACGUUUGAUUGCAUUGCCAGUAUAACGGGUGAGCAGACCACUUGGAAGAUUAUUUGCGAAGACGGACAGUGGAUUGGACGUUCUAUGACUUGUGAUGACGAUGACCCACUAUAUCACCGGAUUCCUUCGGCGAAUGGAUCUUGUGUCUUCCGAAACAACGAACCGCACGUUGUUAGCUUUUACAACGAUCUAGAGAUAAGAGAAGAUAUUGUUGAAUUCCCACCAGCAACGACAAUCAUAUCUAGAUGUGUAGAUAUAGGGAAGUAUGCCAUGAUCGGCACCAGUGUACGAACUUGUGUUCAUUCGGAAUGGACAGGUCAGAAGCCGUCCUGCUUCGGUUUAAAUCAAGAAAACGAUUACGCAAUGGAAAAAUCACCCACAAUUUUGAUUCGCCACCAGAACGGACCGAUUGCGCAGAGCAACGAUGGAAAACUGAUCGUUUACCCGGGGACUACGGUUCAUCUGGAGUGUCUGUGGAUGAGGCGGUUUGGCAAUCCAAGAUGGAACGUCAGUCACGACUACAGGAAGUAUCCGGAGGGUUGGAGUUCUGAUGAAGGUCGAGAUCCACAGCUAGAGUAUCGGAUCAGUAUCAUGCAUGCUGUGAAGGAUGAUUCGGGCAUCUUCACCUGUGUUACUCCGGCCAGACAUACCCAUUCAGUGGAGGUCAUUGUAAAGCCUGUACACUGUAACGAAAUCCAAGUUCGUCGAGGUUUAUCGGCUAGUACCUCGGAAACAAUGAUGGGAACUCGCGUCUUAUUUUCGUGCACAAAUGGAAACGCUUUGAUCGGAACACCGGAAAGCAGUUGUCUCCCAAGUGGUAAUUGGAGUGCACCACUCCCCGUUUGCGAAAGUGUGGAAUGUGGGGAAGUUCCCAUUCAGGCGAGCAGUAAUGGUUCCGCACCUCGUGUCGCAAUACUUUCACGUGAGGUUGGUGGACGUGCUGCUUUUUCCUGCCCACCAGGGUAUGGUUUGAGAGGACCUAGUGAGGCGAUCUGUUUGCCUUCUGGCGAAUGGGGUGCUCCGUUUCCAACGUGUGUCGAAGUCCAAUGUUUUCAUCCAGGAGCACCGCAGAAUGGAUACGCCCAAGGAACGCCUCCGUACAGGGCGGGAGAUGUGGUGCAAUUCAACUGCAAUCCAGAGUACAUGAUGCAAGGUCAACCCAUCAUUGCCUGUCAAGACAAUGGUCGAUGGUCGGGAGGCUUGCCGCAGUGUGUCCAGGCGUGUUCGUACCCGGGAACAGCAAUCAGCGGUCGGAUGUCAUCGGUUAAAUUCUACUACUCGAUCGGCGAAAGUAUCACGUUCACCUGUGAUGCCGGUUUGGAGUUGCGGGGAGCCAAAAUGCUCAAGUGUCUCAAGAAUGGCAAGUGGUCGAAUGCCAUUCCCACCUGUGUCAAUCCGGAUGCCGUGAACGUGCGGAGUGACGCCAAGGGUAUCUUCAAGCGAGACAAUUAAGCCAGACGCAUACAACCUACAAAAAAAAACACAAACCCACACAAUUCAAACCGAGAUGGUUUCUAUCCUGUAAUGCUGGGGGAUAUAUACAUAUAUCAGUGAAACUACACUCGAACUAGGCGAUAGCUGUUAGUGUUUCACAAAGCCUGGAUCAAUCAAGUUUUAAUGAAGACAUGAAUUAAACACAUUGACUGUUAAAAGUUAACUGCAGAGAUGGCACAUCAGAGAUAACAUAUGUAAUAAUAAUAAUUAUAAUAAUAAUAACACUAGCGAUACGAGGAUAAAGCUUGGGUUCUCCUGCUCCGAAAAUAUUUACAUGUAGAAGCUGUAUCGGUUUUUUGUUUGCUUUCGAGCACGCUAGGUUUCAUUUGCUUGUUGGCUCUCGGUGUAAAAUUGUUAUGAAUGGGAGGAAAAAUCAAUUACUGCGAUUUUGAAUCUAUGAUAAUAGCAAUCGUAUUAAUGUUAACAAAUGGACCGCUGAUAAAGGAAAUGACAGCGUAGCAAAUGUAAAUUGUUUUCUGCUCUGUAGGCCGGAAAAUAGGAGUAUCCCGUUGUCGUAAUUCCUGUUUACUGUCGAACUGUGACGUAGUAUCCUUCUUGCCAUAAUGACAUGAAUGAUUAUCGUUAAUUAUCCAAUGUGGUGGGACGACCAGGUGGAAGGUCGUUAUUCAGCCGAACCUGUUAAAGUUUUGUAUUUCAGAUUCCGGUAAAUAGGCAACCCACCGUAUCGAAUGAGGGAUGAUUGCGUUGGGAGGGUAGGUAAUUUAUUGAUAUGCAUAGUUAUUUUUCGCAUAAAUUCUGAGUGCAUACGAAUUGAAUGGUACUGCAAAUUUGAAUAUAAAUAAUAAUUGAAGGGAGAAGCGAAAAUCAAAAUGGUGUGUAGUUAGCUGUGUUCGCGAGAUCGUGUUUAUUUUUGUGCAACUUUUUCAGCUUACAUUAGUUAUGACCAUCCCCCGUUAUUGUAAAUAUAGAGGAUUGUGUGUAAUUUAUUUAUUUAUUUAUGAUUAAACUACUAUCGCUGUCAGAACUGAAACAUAUUGAAAUAAUAAAUCUCUGAUAUUGCUGCUUGUGUGUCAAACAAUACGAUUCCUGUAGUCAGCGUAAAUUUCAACUGUUCCACAAACACAAACACUCACACACAAACAUAAUCAUUGUGAAUGCUCAAAUAUAUCUAAAUUGACUAGAAAACAA